CUCUCAGACCACACUCCGCCUUCCAACAUGUCGCAGAACACGCAUACCGUAGUACUACUAGUAGUACUUCGGCGCCUCUGCAGCGAAGAACUGGGUAUGUACCCCUUCUAUGGACCGAACUCCCACUUCAGUUUACGGGACAUGUGCUUUGGCUACGGUUAUGGGCGAACAGAUUCAUCUAGCUGGACAUGUCCAUAUGCUCAUCCAACUACCCUAAGUAUAAAUACACUCGAUGCUCAAAUUGAUCCAGCUUUUCAAAACGAACAGCUCUCAAGUGAUACUCACGACAUCUGGCAGCGGCUGAAUCGCGCAAAUGAAUCGCGCAAACGCAGUCGGUGCCGUUUGUUCCGCGAAGCUUGAUUCAUUGCAACGUCUACCGAUCGUGUUCCUUCUCGGUGGUUUUGAGAUUUCUGUACAUUGUUGAUCACCCUUGUGCCUCCUUGACUUCUAGCUUGAUGGCCGGCUUUGGCUGCUUGUUUUUGUCCCAGGGUUGGGCGUCUGGGUCCGUAUCAGGCUCAGAAUCAGCUCUCAUAGCUGGCCUCACUGCGAAAUCUUCCCCAGGCACCGCGAACUCUGGCGACCGAUCUCCCUCGAAACUCGCAUCGCCCGCAAACCAAUCGUCAGUGUCGUCCAUGAAGGGCGCCUGGAAUGCAACGGCGCCACCUGGGUGCAUGGCCUGGCCUCCGCCGCCUUGAAGUGCAUCUCCGGACCUCGGAGCAUUUGCAUCCUCGAGCUCUUUCAUGGCAAUCAGUUUGACCUGCUCUUGGGCAGGAAGCGAGUCGAAGAACUUGGUGUUUGCAUCCCAUAACUUGACGCACUCCGGAUUCCAGUUACAUUUCUCCACCUCGCCAUAAACAGGGUGUUUGUAUCGAGGAUGGCUUGUAGGCCAGGACGACGCAUGAAAGUGAUGCUUGAUGAGUGCACUCUUGCCUCCAUGAUUGCCAGAGUCGGAGUGCCCUGUACCAGCUGCAAACGCCUCCACUGUGAGCACUAGAACUCGACCGACGGCCUUCGCUUCCAGCAUGCCGUGGAAGUGGUUCCAGUUCGUCUUCUCACCUCGGAUCUUGGAGAUCUCGGCAAGAAUAGCAUUCGUGAAAGCGGAAGGUCCAGUACCGCUAAUAACCUCGUCGAAAUCCAAUUCAAGCUCUGAAAUGGACUUCCCUUGCUCUUUGGCCAUGCUGUUAAGCCAGAACGAUUGUGACUUUGAACCGAGGACAGGGUGGCCCAAGAACCCUGGUUCAUCCGUCUCGACCCCAAUCACCAUGUCAAGAUCUCUCUCGUGGAACCGAUCCGGAAUGAAGAGCUCCAAAGGCUUCAGGGCCUCGACAUCGAUAUCCGCGUACACGCCUCCUUCCGCUGCAAAGGCGAGUCAGGUCAGCUCCUGGUACAAGACAGAAGACAGCGUGCCAUCGCCUCUACUUACCAUACAUAAUGAGGUAUGCACAAUAUCCGGCCGAUUGAGGCCCAACGGACCAAAGUGUCCUUCCACAUAUGCCAUGGCGUUAUCAUCGGUGAGCACCUCAUAUCUAUAGCCGGGAUUCUUGACAGUCCAUGUUUUUGCCCGUUCCGAGUCUCUCUGCUCGAACGAGAGGGGGCCGACUUUCCAUGACUGCCAAAUCUUUCGAGGAAACUUUUCCACGGCCGAUGGAGCAUUUUCGCCGGAUCCGCCGACCACGGCAUUGCGGUAAAGUAGGAGGAUAAGACAGGCAAUGCAUAGAGGAACGAUUCUUCGGAGUUGCUUGGCAAGAAACCCCUCCGAAUGUUGGCGGGAUGGCUGGAAUUUCAUCCGGACAGAUAACUGGCACGAACACCGCCGACAGAAAGGAGCGGACGUCAAUUCUCUUCGAGAGUCAGAACAAGAAGGUAGGUGAGCAGCACACUUGACACGAGACAAGAGGCAGAGGCUUUGAUAUUGUCGUUGCAAAUGUAUCCCAACGUUCUCUCGGACAGCUACUCUAUACCGAAAUCUUUCGGAAGCCACUCGACUGAAUUGGGUCCUGGACUGUUCGCUUAUCAAUUGCGACUUCAGGAGCCUUAUUAGUCGGGACUAAGGUGGCUGAUACAGAUGGCAGAUCUGAUUUGAUUCAAUAGUUCAACUGCAAAGUCAAGCCCUAGACCAGCGUGUCAGAAUCAGGUCAUGGUAUUCUCGGCCUGACCGUCAAGGACAUAAGGGCUUUGCAGAUUUGCUGCGCGGGUCUCGUUUUAAACCAGGCAGGGAAAUUCAACAGGAAGUGCUCUCUGGUCGAGACACGAAUGUGAGCCGGGAACAGAAUGUCAGCCAGCCUCUGGAUCUCCAUUCCCUGGGACGGAUGCACUAGAUGACCUUCCGGUUGGAAUUGAUUUCAGACGCGGGAGCCCAGAACAUGGAUAUGGGGCGAGCUAGUGGUUUUCGCAGUACAGCUCAAUGUUUCUUGCCUCCCAGGAUUCUGCCGCCGAACAAGGGUGUGCGGUCUAGGACACUCUUUGUGCUACAAAAAGGAGGCAGCAUUACGCCCGAGAUAAGCGAAAGAAGGUGAACCGGUGCCUGGUCAUGGUUACUCAAGGUUCAGAUCUUGGGCUGAGGCGACAAUGACCGGCCGGACUUGCAAUAUCCACUCCGGGCCGGAGCGGCUGCUGAUGUUUCGAUUGGUCUCCUUAGCCCAUGCAGGACGAGGCUGCAGACCCCUGUCGCACAUCCAGCCAGGAUCCUGGUCCAGAAGUAUCAAAGUACUCUUCCGUGAGAAAUGUGACACUGGUCAACCACAUGGAAUACAAUAAGCAUGUGCCAUUAUCUCUCAGGGUGAGUCUGUCAACGUGGACAGUCUGUCUCCAACAGCCUCUGACGGCAGCUUUCAUUGUCCAUACCUUCAGCAUUCGCCCAGAGAUACUGUAAGGUUGGUCGACACCUACAGAACCUGGUCCUUUUGGGUUGCUUCACUCUUCUCUUGACCUAUUCAACUGCAGGAAUCGUGCCAAAAGCUGGCUUGAGAACUUGAAUGUACGCCAGCAGAACUCUUUGGAUAGGUCCACAUCCUUUUCCGCAGAACAGCAACAUCAUGGCAAAUCACCUCUCCCGAUGUAACAAGCCUGAGAGAAUGCCUAACGAUGCAGUUCUUGAAAAGGGCUUGCUUGAACACACGGGCUCCGAGCCAAGUUCGACAUGGAUUAAUGGAAUCAGAGCAAGCAUCAAAGAUCUGAUCGAACCGUCAAUGUGGUUCGGCGCUCACAGACUGAAGAAGCCUCUUCACCGCACUGCGUACCUCGACGGGCUACGCGGCUUCGCAGCACUGCUCGUGUAUAUAUUACAUAACCAGGUUUGGGGCCAUGCCGGCAUUGGCGGCGAGUUCAUCCUCGAAAACGCAUAUGGUUGGGACAAGCAGUUUUAUUUCGCCUGCCUACCUGGAAUCCGCAUCCUAUUCUCAGGCGGGCAUCUGGCCGUGGCAGUCUUCUUCGUCAUCUCAGGCUAUGUCCUGUCAGCGAAGCCAAUGAGCCUGAUCCAUGCUGGAGAAACGACCCAAGUUGCUGACAACCUCGGGUCUGCCUUGUUUCGACGAUGGUUUCGACUGUACUUGCCCGUGAUUGCCACGACUUUCCUCUGGAUGACUUCAUGGCACGCAUUGGGGCUGCGGUCUUUGGCACCCGGUGCUUACAAGCCCGAGAAGACAUAUCUCGAUGAGCUGUGGAAGUGGUACACUGAAAUCAAGAACUACAGCUUUGUCUUCCACGAAGACCCUGCGUUCGGUUACAAUGACCACACUUGGUCCAUUGCACUGGAGUUCAAAGGGUCCAUUGCCAUCUAUACUUGCCUGAUGGCAAUGUCCCGGCUCAGCAAGAACGCUCGGCUGUGCUGCGAAGCUGGCCUGAUCUUUUAUUUCCUUUACAUUGUCGACGGGUGGUUCUGUGGCUUGUUCUCCAUGGGAAUGCUGCUCUGCGACCUGGAUCUGCUCGCAAUCGAGGACAACUUGCCUUCAUUCCUGCAAAGACUGAAGCCACACAAGACCACAAUCUACUGCACUCUGCUGGCGAUCGCUUUGUACCUCGGGGGCGUGCCCUCAAUUACCGGCGACCUCGCUCAUCUUCGCAACUCGCCAGGAUGGUACUACCUCUCCUUUUUGAAGCCGCAAGCAGUCUUCGAUCCAAGAUGGUUCUACCGGUUCUGGGCCGCUACCUUCAUUGUCGCGGCGACACCUCGUAUUCAGGCUGUCAAGUCCUUCUUCGAGUCCAGGUUCUGCCAGUACCUGGGCAAAGUUUCUUUCGGCCUAUAUCUGGUUCAUGGGCCUGUGUUGUGGUCCCUCGGCGAUAGGAUCUAUGCGGCAACAGGGCGGAUCCGGGAAGCCCAUGCUGAGCUUGUUCCAGGAUGGAUCAACGCCUGCCCUUUCCCCAGUUGGGGUCCGUUUGGACUGGAAGUAAACUUCCUCGUGGCUCAUGUGGUGUUACUUCCUUUCACGCUUUGGUUGGCUGAGGUUGUGACGAAAUUAAUCGACGCACCCAGUGUCACUUUCUCGCACUGGAUGUACAAAAGGGCUCGGGGUGUCCCUGAAAAGCGUGACUGGGAGGUGAAGGCAGGUGUGUUUGGCAAGUAGCCAUUGUCAUGGGCCGUGCUUUGCGCAGUCGUUCUUUGUGAUUCAGACCUGAAGUCUAUAGGUGCACUAGAGCCUGACCCUUGUACUGUGAAGGUAGUGUAUUGAAACGGUGGCGUUGACAAAAUUGAAUCUGGCACCUUCCGUGACUCAUAGCAGCUUCUUUGACAGCUGAUAGAACAUUCGCAUAUGAUGCUGGCCUAUUGAGAAGGCACGAGACUGGAGAUCUGCCAAAUGAAGACUCAGCAGACAUACAAAGGGGCGCAAAUACAA